AUGCUGCUGUCAAAAAAGCCAAGUUUUGCUGAUCUUUGCAGUGAGUAUUACAUCGACACGGAUGAGUACGUUGUGUUUGAAGACUUGGUGCGUCGUAUCAGUGGAGAAGUGAUUAAUCACAAUAUUGUUAUGGUUGAUUUUGAUAUCGCAAAGCUGGCGUUGGAGAGAGGUGUAAGGCCAGUAGUGGCUAUUGAUAAUGCGAUAAGAAGAAUGAUCUCACAUGCUUCAUUGAAUUCGUUGAUUGUUGUUAUCUUCAGCUCUCCGGAAAAUUCCAUUGGCUAUGCUAAAAUCAAAAAUGCAAAUAGACGAAAUCCGCUUUUUUGA